CGCAUGGUACAGCUUGAGCAAGCACAAAAGAGUGCAGAAGUGACUUGUGAAGCUACUGAGCGCGAAUUGGAACUAGAAGCCCAGCUGGUGGAAGCCAGAAGUAUCAUACAGGAACAGGCAUCCAUCAUGAGCAAACACCGAGAAGACACUUGACACACAGCAGCUUAUCGUCUUCUUAACGCUAUAAACGGCCUCUGAAUUGCCCUACCGUAGCUAAAUGGACACGAGCUACAGAAUCGAUGGCCUCUCCUUCGGAAUCAAAUUCAACAGGUAUCCCGUAAGAAGCUCUCCCAGCAAGCAGCUCAAGUGCAGCAGCAGAUUCUCGAGCGUAGCAAUCGACUACUCAGCACAGGAUAGCAAUAAUGUAGCCGAAUGGAGGCUUCCUGGAGGAGGUGGAGCAGCAGCAGCUCAAGAGCGCAAGGCACGAGAGCGAGCAGCCCAAGCAGCUGCCGAAGCCCUCAUAAAGGUUUUGCUGGCCAACUCGGUAGACCCACAUCUCCUAUCUCGAGCUCUGGACGAGUGCUACGGCUCAAGACGGCUCGUCCCUGUGGUAGUUGGCAGAGUUCUCGUCAAGCUCAGGAAUCCACAGGCAGCAAUGCUCUUCUUCCAGUGGGCUAAAGCACGUCCAGGCUUCCAGCACAAUACUUACACCUGCAAUUCCCUCCUGGAGGUCUUUGUUAACGACGGAUGCCAUCGGGAGGCAUACAGAGUCUUCAAAGACGAGCUUGUCACACUCUUCAGGCCCGACGACUUCACCUAUGGGACUUUGAUAAGAGGUUUUUGCAAAGCCGAGCAAAUACCACAGGCAGUAAAUCUUCUUGGGGAGAUGAAGGCCGCAGGAAUUACUCCCACCAUCGUCACCUUUGGCUCUCUCAUUCGCAAGCUUUGCGAGCUGAAUUUCACCGACAAAGCACUUCAAAUCUUCCACCAGAUGAUCGACAUGAAAGUGAAGCCCGACGCUUUUCUAUACACCGUCGUCAUCGGACAUCUGUGCAAGAUCAACAAGUUAGACUUGGCGGCCUCCUACUUCGAACGAAUGGUACAAAGCGGCUGCUUACCCGACAAAGUCACGUACACCGUUCUCGUCCACAGCCUCUUCAAAGCUUGCAAGUGGGAACAAGGCCACCAGAUCUUCGAAGAGAUGUUGAGCAAAGGACACUCUCCCGAGCUGGUUACGUAUGCCACCGUCGUCAACGGAUACUGCAAAGCCGGCAGGAUAGACCAAGCUCUCUCGCUCAUGAGACGCUUGAAAGGCACCGGACGAUCACCCAGCGGCUCCUUGUACAGCACUCUGAUCGACGGCCUCUGCAAGCAUGACCGACACGACGAAGCACGGGAGCUGUUUGAGAUGGCCGCGGGAGACGUCCAGGACGUGAUCGUCUACACCAGCUUCAUCAGCGGGCUGUGCAAGGCCGGAAAGCUGGACGAGGCGAAAGCUGUUCACGUCAAGAUGAUCGAAGCUGGCUGUGCUCCCGACCCAGUCUCGUACAACGUGAUAAUCUACAGCCUCUGCAAGGACAACCGAGUGAGCGAGGCCAAGGAACUCAUGGACCAGGCAAUGGAGAGGAAGUGCAUGCCUGGCGUGCCCGUGUGCACGGUGCUGGUGGACGGCCUUUGCAAGUCUCGCCGGGUGGAGGAGGCCUGCGUGAUCCUGGAACGGAUGCUGGAAACCGGGGACCGAGCUCCGAGCGUGGUGACUUACAGCGCAGUCAUCGACGGGCUUUGCAAGGCGGACAGGCUCGACGACGCCUACGUCGUGCUCCAGAAGAUGCGAAGAGCUGGCUGCGUCCCGGACGUGGUGACUUACACCGCCAUCAUCGACGCCUUCUGCAAAGUGGGACGGCUGGACGAAGCCCGCGAGCUGUUCCAGCGAAUGCACGAGAGAGGCUGCGCGUUGGACGUGGUGGCCUACAACAUCUUGAUCCGGGGCUACUGCCGAGCGGCCAAAGUGGACGAAGCCAUCGCCAUGAUCGAGGAGAUGGCCGGGAGAGGGAUCCAGCCCAACGUGGUGUCGCUCAGCACCAUCGUCGACGGGCUGUGCAAGGAGUCGAGGGUGGAAGAAGCUCGACUUCUCAUGGAAAAGAUGAACUUCGAGAGCUUGCCGGAUAGCGAUCCAGUGAGUUGAAGUGUUUUGAUUCGAAGAUGGAAUGAUAGAAGAUCUUCCAACCAUCGUCACUCUUUUCUUCUAGAGAAGAAGCUCUCUCCUGGGAUGAGUCACGCUAGCUAUGGCUUAGAUGAGCUUGACGCCGGUCUCUCUGAGCUUAUCCAAGAGGGCCUUUCUCUUGCCAUGGUAGAGCUCACCUCGGUUGCGAAAGUAUGUAACGCCGGGGAUCCCCUUCUCCUUCAAUCGCUCCGCCAGAGCUUCUCCAACCUUUGCCGCCGCCGCGCAAUCCGUCAAGCUCGCCAGGCCCUGCUUGAGCUCCUCGUCGCGGCUGGACGCGCGGACCACCAGCGCAUUGUCGUGGAGAGUGUCAAACACCUCGGCGGUGACGGACCUGUUGGAGAAUUGCAUUUUCAUGGCGUAUGGCUUGACGUACUUGGUGAUGGCGCGCGGCACGAUGCGAUCUACCCAAGACGGCGGCAGCUUCACCACUCUCCCGCGCCUCUCUACGUGCGGCGGCACCGGGCCCUUGUGCUGGGGGCGCUGCCGGAAAUCGAGCAGGCGCUGCCAUCGCGCCUCGGUCACCAUUCCCUUGGAUCGCCCGAUGAGCUCCUUCCUCACCAUCGCUCCCCCUAACCCUAAACCUAGGAAAAUAUUAAAGGUUGACCUUUAAGGGUCAGUAAAGGUU